UUUUUUUAUUAUUAUAAUUAUAAUUUAUUAUUGAAUACGUGUAAAAUACUAAUUUAAAAAUAAUAUAUCAUUCAGUAUUUAAGUCAGUAAUAUUAAACAUUUAAACAAAAUAUUAAGUAUUGUAAAUGAAAAAUAAAGGCUGUGAAUAUAAUUACUAAUUUAUCAAACUCUUGUGAAUUUCUGAACUUAUUAACUAUUUGGAUAUAAAAUAAUAUGCAACGACAUAAUGGUUUGUCUAUUUAACCAUUUGAAAUAAAUCACACACAGUUUGUUCUGUACUGUUUAAAAUGGAAAAUUCUAAUUCUUCUUCAGCUGCACAAGUACAAUCUAACAAUUUGGAUUCACAACAAAACAAUGAUAAUGAAGUAGUUAAACCAAACCAGAUAUUAAAUGGAACUCAAGUAUUACCUAAUGACAGACAAUUUCAUCCUAGUAAAACUAUGCAUGAAAUGACACCAGGCCCAAAAAAAUAUCAAAAUAUUAAAAAGUCACCUGAUAAAGAACCAAAAUUUGUUCCCUAUGAGCCAUACAAGGCAGCAGUUCGUUCAAUAGUGCCAGAGUUGGGUCAACCUUCAGUAGCCAUAUUUAAAAGAAGACUGUCGACUGCAUCUAAUUGCAGUAAAGUAUCCAAUGUAACUGAAGAUAAAGAAGAUGUGAUAAGUAUGCUGACUCAAGAAAAACAGAAUCUAGAAGAAGAGAUUGAUAAACUUAACAUACAGUUAGCUAAUAUGGAUCUCCAAAUGGGCUCGCAGGCACAAGUUAAUAACGAACUUAAAAAUAUGCUUGUUGCAUCUAUUGGUGAAGACAUCGAAGCCAAAAUACAAAUGUUGACCGAGGAUAAAGUAUUAUUGGCACACAAAUUGCUCAAUUUUACAGGAGCAUUAGCUGGUCGACAAGAUCAAUUAGAAACAGUAGCUGGAGAACGAGAUGUGUUACGGAGUAAAUUUUUAGCUGGCAGUUUAAUAAUAGAAGAUUUAUCUAAGUGGAAGACAAUUCUGUGUGACCGCGUAGAUAAAUUAGAAGCUUCGUUACAAACCGUACUGGACGAAAAUCGAAAAAAUAGACAUCUACUAAAAUCGGCUCAUGAGAAUUUGAAGAUAUUACAAAAUUAUUAUAAACUUGAAGUAUCGAAUAAACAAAAAUUACUAGAUAGUACUAUAAUAGCUGAAGAUAUCAACAGGAUAUCAUUGUUACUUAGAAAACAUUUAUUAACCCCUCAAAUUCAAGAACUCCAAGUACAUGCUGCUAUCCACCAGACACAAGCUGAAUCCCAAGCUCAACAAAUAUUGAUACAGAAAAUGUCUAGAGAAAAAAUGAAUAAUGUUGAUGCAACAUGUAAUGCCAUAAUGGAAGCAUCACAAGCAUUAGAGUCUAAUAUUCAAUUAUGUUGUGGUCAUUGUACUGGAACCGUUAAACUUAUUUAAAAAACAUUAUUGUGUUUACUAAAUUUAAAAAUGUUUAAAAUGUUUAAAUAUUUUAUUACUUGUUUUAUAAGCUAGAGUAAAAAUUUUAUAAUUUAUGUUGAUGUUUAAAAUUAAAUUAACUUUUUUAUACACAUAACAUGUUGUUUUUCAAAUAGGCUAAGGAACAAAAUAUAUAAUAUUAUUAUGGCAUAACUUGAAAACUGUUAAAAUAUAAAUAUUUGUUAUGUACUUUUCUGUGUGUGAAUAUGACUUGAAUUAAUUAAAAGAAACUAACAAAAUAUAUUUUAACACAAAAGUAAAAAAUUGUGUAGGUUUACUUAAAACCCAUAUUUAGGCAAUUUCAUGAGUACCAUGUAGCGAUGCAAACAAAAAUAUGUACACAAAGCCAGUUUUUGACAAAAUCAAUCAAAAAUGAAUAACCAUAGAAACUUCGAAUUGUCAGAAAAUUAUAACUUAUAAAAGGAAAAAAAAAACAUUGAGAUGAAAAUUCCCCUCCCCUGAAAUAUUACCGCUGUAAGCCUGUGCUUACUUUGCUUAUUGGCUAUAAUACCACUGUAUUAUUACAGAAACUUGACAGAAAUAAUAAUGAUCCAGUAAUUAGGAAGGAAAAUUUUAUAUUAGAUAUUUU